AUGGAGAGGGACUUCCUGGGCGCCAUAGGCCACGAGCAGCUGCUGCAGCAGCAGCAGCGCCAGCGCGCCGCCGCCGCCGAGGACGACGCCACCAGAAAGGAGUCAGCUUACUUUGGGGGAGGAGGAGUGCCACCCAUGGAUUGGUCCUUCGCUGGCAGGGCCGGGGCCGCGCCGGCUGUCAUGUCCUUCAGGUCGGCUGCGAGGGAGGAGCAGCAGGGCGAGCUCGCGUACCCCAAGCAGCAGGCCUCCCGCGUCCUGACGCCACAGAGAUCGUUUGGUGCUGAGACCCAUGGCAGCGUGCAGUACGCCGCCGCCGCGCGUGCGGCUUACGGUGUGCAGCCUUCGCAGCAGCAGCAUGCUCCUAAUGGUGCUAGGGUGAUUCCAAUGUCGUCGCCGUUCAAUCCCAACAAUCCCAUGUUCAGGGUUCAGAGUUCGCCUAACCUCCCGAAUGGCGGUGCUGCUGGUAGCCCGUUUAAACAACCGCCUUUUGCCAUGAACAAUGCGGUGGCUGCUUCUACCGUUGGUGUCUAUAAAUCAAGGGACAUGCCGAAGCCAAAGGCAGCGCAGUUAACUAUCUUCUACGCUGGUUCUGUCAAUGUAUUCAACAACGUCUCAGCAGAAAAGGCUCAGGAGCUUAUGUUCUUGGCCAGCAGAGGAUCUCUUCCAACUGCACCCACUACUGUUACUCGCAGCCCAGAUGCAACCUUUUUCACUCCGGCUAAGCUUGCGGCACCUGAGGCUUCACCUGCAAAGCAGAUGCUAGCUCAGAUACCACAGCGUGUUUCACCUCCUUUGCCGGCCAUUUCCAAGCCGAUGUCCAUCAUGUCUCAAGCUGCAUGUCUCCCCAAGAGCACAUCUAGCUCCAACACCGAUUCCGCAGUGCCAAAAUCUUCAGGCCAGUUGGUUGUACCUCCCACUAGUCAGCCCUCGUCGUCGACUCAUACUGCGACACUAUCGUCCACCACUGCUGCAAGUAUUAUGCCAAGAGCUGUUCCUCAAGCUCGUAAGGCAUCCCUUGCCCGAUUCUUGGAGAAAAGGAAAGAAAGAGUGACGACUACGGCGCCAUAUCCAUCAGCCAAGAGCCCGAUGGAGAGCACCGACACGGUCGGAAGCGCCAACGACAACAAUAGCAAGUCCUCAUCAUGCACAGAGAUCGCCUUCUCAAGCAACCAUGAAGAGUCGCUGCGUCUAGGCCGGCCCAGGAACAUCAGCUUUAGCGGGGAGUCCCCGAGUACAAAACUACACAUCUGA